AUGGGUCUGCGCGACGUUUUGACGGUCUCGCCUCUGGGAUUGUCGAAAACUUUUGAGUUUACCUCGCGUGAAAUCGCUGACUCAGGGUUGACGUUAGAGGAUACACGAGCUCUUUCUUGGGACACAACUACACCCGGACGAUACGAUAUCUCGGUUGCCAGCAACUUAACUGUUUGUAAAAGCUUUCAAACACAUAUGUUGUGCGGUGGAAGAGAUGUACUUUUUUCACUCUGGGAUCUGGAAAAGCCCAUUGUUCCCGUGUUUUCUGCAAAGAAUGUUAGACCAGAUACUUUGGACCUGCGGGUUCCUGUCUGGGUCUCUGAUGUCUCCUUUGUCGAAGGCUAUGAGAACCGACUCUUCGUGACGUCAUCAAGAUAUGGGGAUUUUUGUGUUUAUGAUGUCCGGAGUGGUCAACGACGUCCUGUGUGUAGGUCGGCCUGGAGAGUGAGCCGAAAACAAGGCAAAAAAUUGGUUGGAACAGGUCGGUAUCCUGCGAUGCUUCGAGAUCUUACCGUCACACGUCCCAUUACCAGCUGCGUUGCUCUCACCUCCGCUCCAGGAGUCGGUUUGCGUGCAGUUGCUGGCAACGCGAUUGGUGACGUUUGUCUGUUAGAUUUCCGCAUGCCUUUCUCAAGCUUGGUAUUCGGGUCAGGUGCAGAGCCUAGGCGCAAGGCUCGGUCUGUAGGUGCAAGAGCUGCAGCACCACCGGUGCACGUCAGAGCUUACCAUCCUGCAGCGGGCGCGAUCUCGGCACUGGUCUGCGGCGGUGCGGGCUGUGCAAACCUACCGCAUGCCAUGCCCAGUGCUGUCAUCAACGAUCAGCCUGUAGUCAUCUCCGCUUCUGUUGAUCGGUUCCUCCGCGUCUAUCACCGCGAUUCCGGUGACCUCUUAGCCAAAAUUUUUACAAAAACCCCCGUCUCCACCUUCCUUAUCCGUGACUCGGCCAAGUUCCCCAUGGAAGCUUCUAGUAUGCCAGACAAAGAAGGCACGGCAGGACCAGACGAGGAGACGGACGAGCUUUGGGUUAGCAUGGAACCCCUGGAGUCCGAGGGCGAACCGCCGAUGAAGAGAAGAAACAAUAAGAGUGAGGUCAAUUUUCUGCCAUGA